GUGACUGUGAAGCUGUCAUUGGAUGUUUGCAGAUUCUGGAAGAUCCAGUUGAAGAUUAUUUUGAUGUCACAACAAACAUUGGUUCUACUGGAUGGCAGUAACUGAUAAUGGCUCAAAUAAUAAAUGGAAUUGCAACUAUUCCUGCUGGUGAGAAGAAAAGAUCAUGUUUUGGCUCGAGGUCAGGGGUGUAUCACAUUUCCGGCAAACAGUUGGUCGACCCAGUGCGAGAGAAGAGACUCGGGUCGCUCACGAUGUUACCAACACUUCCGACAGUUAAUAUACACUUUAGUGACCUCUCGUACACUGUACCAGAUCGGAGAAGAGGAUCCAAGAGAUUGCUGUCUGGACUCAGUGGAACGUUCUACUCCCAGAAGUUGACUGCCAUCAUGGGGCCUUCAGGAGCCGGCAAGAGCACACUGCUCAACGUCCUGGCGGGAUACAAGACUAGAGGACAGUCAGGCUCGGUAACAUUGAACGGAAUUGACCGCAAGUCCCUGAGCUCAUACCGCAGACUGCUGAGCUAUAUCAUGCAAGAGGACCACUUGAUGGCCCAUCUCACCGUUCAUGAGGCGAUGACAAUAGCGGCUCAUCUCAAACUGGGCGACCAGUUCUCUACCAAGGGGAAAGCUAUUGUUGUAGAUGAGAUUCUAGAAACUCUUGGUCUCACUGAUUGCAAAGAGACGAGAACAGCAAAUUUAUCCGGAGGACAACAAAAGAGGCUAUCUAUUGCUCUGGAACUCAUCAAUAACCCUCCUAUACUAUUCUUUGAUGAGCCAACAAGUGGACUGGACAGUUCGUCAUGUUUCCAGUGUCUGUCGUUGCUCAAGACGCUUGCUCGAGGAGGAAGGACGAUCAUCUGUUCCAUUCACCAACCCUCGGCCCGGCUGUUUGAGAUGCUGGACAACUUGUAUGUGUUGGCGGAGGGCCAGUGUAUAUACCAGGGUAGAGUGCAGGGCCUUGUACCCUUCCUAGGGUCUCUAGGACUAGAGUGCCCCAGCUACCACAACCCUGCUGACUACGUGAUAGAAAUAGCGAGUGGGGAGCAUGGAGAUGUAAUUCCAAGAGUCGUUAAUGCUGUCAAGAAUGGACAAUGUGCGGCCUACCUUGACUGUGACUCCAAAAUGGCUGAUGAUCCAGUCAAUGGAGUUGUGAUGUCCUCAGAAAGUAGUUUAGAGGAAAGUUUUUCUUCUUCAGCCUUUCCUAUAUCACAUUUCCGGCAAUUUUGGAUUCUGUGGAAGAGAACACUAGUGUGCACUGUUAGAGACAUGUCGCUGUUCUGGGUUCGGCUCUCAUCACAUAUCAUUUGUGGAUUGCUCAUUGGGAUUAUUUACUAUCAGAUCGGCAAUGAAGCCUCUAAAGUGGUCAGCAACUCAAGUUGUCUGUUUUUCACUGUUCUCUUCCUCAUGUUUACUGCCAUGAUGCCUACCAUUACAACAUUUCCCAUGGAGAAAAAGGUUUUCAUCAAAGAACACAUGAACCACUGGUAUUCUCUCAUAUCAUUUUACUUUGCAAAAACCAUAGCUGACAUUCCAUUUCAGAUCCUUUUUUCUUCAAUAUACGUAACAAUCGUAUAUUUUCUCUCGUCACAACCAAAUGAGUGGUUCCGUUAUCUGAUGGUUCUGGCUAUUGGUUUCCUAGUCUCUUUGGUUGCUCAAAGUCUCGGGCUCUUCAUCGGGGCUUCCUUAACAGUAGAGAAAGGAGUAUACAUUGGACCUGUCUUGAACGUGCCAAUUCUACUGUUUUCCGGUUUCUUCGUCAGCAUUAACAGUAUACCUGGUACAUUACGUUGGCUGUCUGAAAUCUCAUACAUCCGUUACGGGUUUGAAGGCACAAUUCAGGCUGUUUACGGCUACAACAGAACCAACCUUCAUUGUUCAGAACCUUACUGCAACUUCAAAUCUCCGGUGAAAUUCCUCCGAGAAAUGGACAUGGAGGAUGCAAACUUUACAACUGAUUGUGCAGCUUUGCUUGUGUUCUUUCUUCUUUUAAGGAUUCUCUGUUACGUGGUACUCAAGUGGAAUUUGUACUUACGGAAUUAGUGUGAUUGCCUUUCAUGAUUAGAUGUUAAACUAUGUGAUAUUGUACCUAGUAUGUAUAGGAUUUGAACACUUUUUAAGACCAAUGUUUUUAUACCAAGUGGAAAAAAACCUUGAUACACAAUCAAAGAGGAAAUUGAUUUUUAAAUUUGUAAUUAAUGGUUUGUACAUCUUUUUAAAUGUAUAAACUUUUAUAACAGGCUUUUUUGACUAAACAACAACUGUUCAUAUGAAUGAUUAAAAAGAUAAAACAGGUCAAAAGUGUCUAAAAAGUUAACAAAGAUGAUGUUUUUUAUCCAGAAAGAAUUGUAUUGAGUAUUGAUUCUUUGUUUGUUUAGUUAUUGGCAUUUCAAGGUAGCGUAAAAGAAAUUGUGCUGGUAUUCGUAGUUUUUAGUCAACUGAUUUCCCAAGCUAAAUUUACUCAACUGUUUGAAAUAUUACCUGAAAUAUAACAUAUUGACAGUAGAAUAGUCAACAGUUGUCCGUGAGGAAUGAGUCAAUCAGGUACAUUUCCUUAUGUGUACUACAAAAUGCAGCAGUUUUAGUGGUUUUUUUUAUUGGUAUUUUUUUAUGUGUAUUAUGUAUGUAAACCUUUUUAAAUUGUCAAUAUUAUUGAUGAAGCUAGCUCAAAUAGAUUUUGUAGGGAUAAGAGCUGUAUGACAGUGAAAUGUUAGAAGUAAAAAAAUCAAAGUUUAAUAAUAACAGAUAAAUAGCAUAUUUUGGAAUGUUAAGUCAGUGUUUAGUCUUCCAAUAGUAAGUCAUAAUAAAUCAGAAGUAAAAGUCGGUGUUCAUCAGUUUUCUCAUGAGUAUUCUGUUGUUUAGUGAAACCGAACAGUAUUAAGUAUUACCAAAGUAUAAAGUAACUGAGUAUUAGAUUUUAAAGUAACAGUGUAGUGUAUUCUCAAUAUCACUUAUAUUAGCCAACAUUUAAAUUUACCAUACUGUUUAGAAUGUAAUAUAUAAAAAUUAAAUAUCCAACAAUUGUGUUCACUAUUUUAUUUUUUGUAAAUACUUAAAUUAAAAAAAAUGUUAUUGUAUUUUUGUACCACUGAAAACUAUACCAAUAAGCUUUGU